GCUGCCGCGCACCUGCCCGGCCCCGGCCCGCCCCGAAUCCCCGGAGCGGUGCGGGUGGAGCGGGGACCCGCAGCAUCCCCGUGGCAGCCCCGGAGCCAGGCGGUGGGAAGGGACACCCCCCUGCCCAGCCCAGCCCAGCCAUGGAGGGGGGUGUGCAGCUGCUGAACCGGGACGGGCACAGCAUCUCUCACAACUCCAAGCGCCACUACCACGACGCCUUCGUGUGCAUGAACCGCAUGCGGCAGCGGGGGCUGCUCUGCGACAUCGUCCUGCACGUGGCCACCAAGGAGAUCAAGGCCCACAAGGUGGUGCUGGCCUCGUGCAGCCCCUACUUCCACGCCAUGUUCACAAAUGAGAUGAGUGAGAGCCGCCAGACCCAUGUGACACUGCAUGACAUCGACCCCCAGGCGCUGGAGCAGCUGGUGCAGUAUGCCUACACGGCUGAGAUCGUGGUGGGAGAGGGGAAUGUGCAGACCCUCCUCCCUGCUGCCAGCCUGCUUCAGCUCAAUGGUGUGAGGGAUGCUUGCUGCAAGUUCCUGCUCAGCCAGCUCGACCCCUCCAACUGCCUGGGCAUCCGGGGCUUUGCUGACACCCACUCCUGCAGCGACCUCCUCAAGUCUGCCCACAAGUACGUCCUCCAGCACUUCGUGGAGGUGUCCAAGACAGAGGAGUUCAUGUUGCUGCCCCUUAAACAGGUGCUGGACCUCAUUUCCAGCGACAGCCUCAACGUGCCCUCGGAGGAGGAGGUGUACAGGGCUGUGCUCAGCUGGGUCAAGCACGACGUGGACAGCAGGAGACAGCACGUGCCCAGGCUCAUGAAGUGCGUGCGGCUGCCGCUGCUGAGCCGGGAUUUCCUCAUGAGCAACGUGGACACGGAGCUGCUGGUGAGGCACCACUCGGAGUGCAAGGACCUGCUCAUCGAGGCCCUCAAGUACCACCUGAUGCCCGAGCAGAGAGGGGUCCUGGGCAACAGCCGGACGCGGCCGCGGCGCUGCGAGGGGGCCAGCACCGUGCUGUUUGCUGUGGCAGGUGGAGGGAGCCUGUUUGCCAUCCACGGUGACUGCGAGGCGUACGACACGCGCACGGACCGCUGGCACAUGGUGGCCUCCAUGUCCACGCGCAGGGCCCGCGUGGGCGUCGCGGCCAUCGGCAACAAGCUGUAUGCUGUGGGAGGCUAUGAUGGCACCUCUGACCUGGCCACAGUGGAGUCCUACGACCCUGUCACCAACUGCUGGCAGCCCGAGGUGUCCAUGGGCACCAGGAGGAGCUGCCUGGGCGUGGCAGCCCUGCAUGGGCUCCUCUAUGCAGCUGGGGGGUACGAUGGGGCCUCGUGCCUCAACAGUGCAGAGAGGUACGACCCCCUGACGGGCACCUGGACCUCCAUCGCUGCCAUGAGCACCCGGAGGCGCUACGUCCGCGUGGCCACGCUAGAAGGCAACCUCUAUGCAGUCGGGGGCUACGACAGCUCGUCGCACUUAGCCACGGUGGAGAAGUACGAGCCCCAGAUCAACACCUGGAGCCCCAUUGCCAACAUGCUGAGCCGCCGGAGCAGCGCGGGCGUGGCCGUGCUCGAGGGGAUGCUCUACGUGGCUGGUGGCAAUGAUGGCACCAGUUGCCUUAACUCAGUGGAACGCUACAACCCCAAAUCCAACACUUGGGAGAGCGUGGCCCCCAUGAACAUCCGCAGGAGCACCCACGACCUGGUGGCCAUGGACGGCUGGCUUUACGCCGUGGGGGGCAACGACGGCAGCUCCAGCCUGAACUCCAUCGAGAAGUACAACCCCCGCACCAACAAGUGGGUGGCAGCCUCGUGCAUGUUCACCCGCCGCAGCAGCGUGGGGGUGGCCGUGCUGGAGCUGCUCAACUUCCCCCCUCCCUCCUCGCCCACCCUGUCCGUGUCCUCCACCAGCCUUUGACAGCGGGCCCGGCCGUGCCUCAGCCCUGGGGACAGCUGAGCAGGGAGCACAGGGACAACAGGGACAACAGGGACAACAGGGCCAACAGGGCCCACAGAGCCUACAGGGACA